ACGUCUUUUCCGGUCUGACAACAACAGCGAAACGCGACAUAAACAAACCGGACAAACGCGGUUGUUUAACCGUUAUAAAAACCAACACGGCUCGGAUGUGCCGUUAGCACCGGUUGGUUCGGUGUGGGUGGAGGAGUGACGGUUACCAUGGUGAAGUGUGUUGUCUCUGGGUGUCCGAACCGCGAGGCGGUGAACGUCAACCGGGGGGUCUUCCACCGAAAACCGAAGAGGUUCUUCAACUUCCCCAAAGACCCAGCACGGGUCAAGGUGUGGCUGGCAGCGCUGAGGGAGACUAACAAGCAGGACUCGACGGAGCAGCAUUUAAUCUGUGAAGACCACUUCCUGCCGGAGGACAUCUCCAACAACGGGGUCAACAGCGAUGCCAUUCCCAUCAUGCCUCCCUACCUGGACGGGCCCAUGGGCCUGAUCAGCCCCUGGGGAGCCGAGUCGUCUGAGGAGGAGGACCAGUGGACCAACGGUGGCGGCUGCGAUGAUGAUGAUGAUGAUGAUGAUGAAGGGGCUGAUGCUCCUGCUCACGUGGAGCCUCCAGCGCCAGAACCUCCUGCAGUGGAUCCACCACAUCAGGAUCCAGGUGCCAACAAGACUUCAGGGGCCAAGACCACUGGCGUCAGCCCGCAUCAGAAGAAAGAGAGGAUCCAGACCAAGAGAGUCACCAGGCAGGACGUGUCCCUGGGGAUGCUGACGCAGCGUUUCCUGGAGCUGUUGCUGGCGGCGCCGGGCGGCUCCAUCGACCUCCGGCAGGUGACCACGAGCCUGCAGACCCGCAGGCGGCGAGUCUACGACAUCACCAACGUCCUGGAAGGCAUCAACCUGAUCGAGAAGCAGUCGACCAACAAAGUCAAGUGGAUAGGAAGCUGUCACAUCUCCAGCUUUCUGUGGCUGAGCCAGCAGAGGGUCCAGAGGGAGCUGGACAACCUGAAGCUGGUGGAGGACACGCUGGACACCUUCAUCAAAAGCUGCGCCCAGCAGCUCUUCGACAUGACCGACGACUUGGAAAAUGCUGCGUCGGCCUACGUGACCCACGAGGACGUCCGGCGGCUCGCAGCCUUCCAGGAGCAGACGGUGCUCGUGGUCAAAGCUCCCGAGGAAACCAAGCUGGAGGUUCCUCCGCCCAAAGAGGACAACAUCCAGAUCCAUCUGAAGGGGGGGAAGGGUCCCAUCACGGUGAUGACCUGUGAUAUCGGGACAGGAGGCGCGGCUGUGGAGAAGAGCAGCUGCUUCUUAACGCUGGAGGAAAGCCGGAUUAAGACGGCCACGCUGCACACAGAGUCCUUGAGUCUGCAGAGCGCAUAGCCACCAGCUGGCCACCAGGAGGCGCCAGCGGUCCUCACAGUUCACACACCAGCCUGGAAAACCUGCAGAAGCCUAAAUACCGAUAGAUCGUCUCCAGGAGGGUCGGAGGGAAAUACAGUUCAAGCUGGAACUUUAGAUUUCAACUGACUGCGGUACAAUAUUUAAAUAAAUCAGCUGGUAUAUGUUUAUAUCGGCUAAAAACUUGCACCAAAAAUCAUCAAAUCCAAACCGAUCAGGGGCAAACAAACAUGUUUUGACAUUGGAAUCAACAUUAUGGAAACCAUUAUGGACCCAAUUUACUUUUCACCGAUGCAAACUUUUUUAAACGUUUUUUUUUUUUUUAUUGAACCCAGAAGAAGGAAAUCAUGUAACAAUGAGGAGGAUGACGACGUUUUGAGCGGGAGGAUUGCAGUUUUAUUUUUGUACGAGAGGAGUGAAUGAUCUCAUUUGUAGAUGCACAGCUGUGCCUCUGUACCGUACUGAGGCUUUGUUUUAUACAUUACUGUACAUGUCCUGUUUCUGCUGUAUAAUAAUUUACUUUGUUUAUAUGUUUGUCUUUGACUUGUCUUUGUUUAACGUUCUAAUGGUGAAAACACCUCAAAGAUGCUGUAAUCAAUAAAAAAAUGUACUCAUAUGAAA